UAUUGCUGUUAUUUCUUGUUUUUCAAAUUAAAGUGUGCUCCUGUGGAGGCUGAUGGUAAAUGUGCUUGAGGCAGCCACAAAAGAAUGUAACAGAAUCACACAUCCUCUUUCACCGAUCUUCAGCCCAUUUUCAAAUCUGAAAUACUUGGGAAAGUAUUUUGAAGUUCUUCUCAACGUAUUUUACUUGCUGAGAAGAGUACUGCCAAAAUGAAUUGUGUAAAUUUGUGUACCUCAGAAUAUCAGUAUUAUUCAGACUACGCUUCUCUAAUCGCACAGCCUUGUUCUAAACUGGAAGUCAGGAACUUCACAAAAGCAUUUCUGCCAGUUGUGUAUUCAUUGAUUUGUAUCAUUGGCUUAGUUGGUAACAUCUUCGUAGUGAUGACCUUUGCUUUAUACGAAAGAACCAAGUCCAUGACGGAUGUGUACCUCCUCAACAUGGCCAUAGCAGACAUACUGUUUGUUCUCACUCUUCCAUUGUGGGCAGUGAAUUAUGCUACUGAUAAAUGGAUUUUUGGUGAUCUCAUUUGCAAAAUCACCAGAGGUAUCUAUGCAGUCAACUUCAGCUGUGGCAUGCUGCUUCUGGCCUUUAUCAGCGUGGACCGGUACAUUGCUAUUGUACAGGCAACGAGGUCGUUUAAACUCAGGGCAAGAACACUCGCAUACAGUAAACUCAUUUGUUUGGCUGUGUGGGUAUCAUCAAUUUUAAUCUCUACUUCCUCUUUCCUAUACAGUGAAAGUUACAGCUUCUCCACCAAUGAAACCAAAGAGAUUUGUGAUCAGAAAUUUGAUAGAAUGUCUGACAGCCCAAUGUUGAAAUCACUGCUGCUGUGUCUACAAGUUGGAUUUGGAUUUUUCAUACCUUUCACAUUCAUGAUUUUUUGUUAUACAUUCAUUGUCAAAGCCUUACAACAAGCUCAGAAUUCCAAGAAAAACAAAGCAAUCCGUGUGAUUAUAUUAAUUGUAGCAAUUUUCCUAGUUUGCCAGGUACCUUAUAAUAUUGUUCUUCUCCUGACAGCCAUAAAUAUGGGCAAGAUAGACAAAUCUUGUGAAAGUGACAAGAUAAUGGCCUAUGCGAAAUACACCACAGAAGCUAUAGCAUUUUUACACUGUUGCAUGAACCCUGUGCUUUAUGCGUUUAUUGGAGUGAAGUUCAGAAGUUAUUUUGUGAAGAUAAUGAAGGACCUAUGUUGCAUGAGGUACAAGAAAUACUAUAAGCGUGGUUCAAGGACAAACUCUGAUAUUUAUCAUUCAAGACAGACUAGUGAAACUCUCACUGACAAUGGGUCUUCUUUUACUAUGUAAUACAAUUUGAGCACCAUUACUACUGAAGGACUCUUCUCACUGAGCAACCCAUACCAGUGUCACUGCUUGUGACUGCAAGCCAUUUGGGCUUCUCUGACCUUUAAGGGAGCUGCCACAGUCUACAGCUCCUCUCAGGAAAAGAAUUACAACAAAAGAAUAACAGUCCUAUGGAAAAUUGAACUCUUAUUCACCUUUCUAACAUUCACAAUCUCCUGAAGUGCAAUCUGUCAGAAUUAUCGGGAAAAUUAAGUUUGCAGAGGAACCUCCCUUGUUUUCUAAGGAAAAUUUGCAUUUCAUCUGUCCUACAUCACUGAAAUAUCCCCCAAAUACGAAGCAAAUUAAUCAGUUUAUGUCCAAGCUCAUUCUACUUAUGUUUAUGUUGUUUCUGUCAAUUACUUCUCCUGGAAAUCCUAUUUAAGUGUAGAUCUACACUCUGCUUUUUUUGCAGACAGGUCACGCUGUGACAAUACUAACCUAAAGAGAUGGCAUUUUGAGCAAAGUAUGGCAAGGAAAGCAAACAGAAAUGAACAAACAGGCUCAGGGCUUCUGACAUAGCUGGUGUUAGGUGUUAGGUCUUGUAGACCCAGCACUACGCUCCCCGCCCCUGCUCAUUGGGACCUGCUUAAACCAAGGCUAAGUCUGGUCAAAGCCAACAGUGUCUACUAGAGAGAAUACUAGGAGAAAAGAAAAUUAUUAAUUAAAAAGAACACUGAAAUAUCCCUAAAAAGUUUUUAUGACAUCUCCUGAUAGUGUCUUAUGAACAGAGAAUGGGGCUUUGCUUGGGAGGUUCUUCUCAUCUUUAGGCACAGGAUUCCAGUUCUGGAAUAGCUGGUAACCUGGUGAAUGUCUCUUUGUGAAAAGUUGUUUCUUUCUAGAUGAAAUUCACACUCCACUUUUUACAAGGCAGCAAAAUGUACAGAACUGCAAGAUUUCCAACACUUUCUGUUGGAACUUGACUAGUGACAAGGCUUGAUGCAUUUUUUGGUAUUUAGCUACCAUUACUUAAGUUUCAUUAGGAAUGGAUUUGCUAGCAAAAAUAUGCGUAUACAAAAUUAUGUUAUUAGCUUCAGAAAUUAUUAAGAACUACAUCUAUAAAUAAGAGCAGAGUCUGAUUUAAUUCUAUCAGAAUUUUUACCGAGUCAGCAUUGACUCACUAUGAAUAUAGAAAUAUUUAUAAUAAAUGCAAUUAGUUCUACCUAGCCAUGACUUUUCAGCAAUCCUCAGUGGAUCUUCUGGUCAUUGAGUGAGCUUCACCACACCAUAGCAGUCAUGGUGGGAUGGCAAGAUUGACAGGAGCAGGAACUGGAGGGUAGAAGGGCAGGGUGGAGGACAGAAGAGGAGCACCACUCUUUGGAGUCUGCUGAACUACCUGCCAGUCCUCCACAGUUCUGCUGCGAUGGGAGCACAAACCGCAUGUCUGGGUUUGCUGUUGUAUGGGACAUUGCAGUCCUAUGCUGUGUAAAUUAAUGCGAUUUGCAGAUUGCUGUUAAACUUGGUUGUUUUGUUUUAAGCUCAUAGCUGAAGAGCUUGAAUUACUAAACACAUUGUUUACUGG